CUCGCAGGUUCUUGCCGUGAUCGCCGCGCGCUCCAGCAUGAGUCUUUGCACCCUGGUUGUUACCUGUCUCUGCACCUUCGUGCUUCCAGUCUUCCUAUUUUUAGCCGCGGUGAAGUUGUGGGAGGUUUUCAUAGUGCGCGGUCUUGAUGGGAGCUGUCGCAGCCCCCUUCCACCGGGUACCCUGGGCUUACCGUACAUCGGAGAGACGCUGCAGCUGAUUCUCCAGAGAAGGAAAUUCCUGCGUAUGAAGCGUCAGAAAUAUGGGUUCAUCUACAAAACGCACCUUUUUGGCAACCCCACCGUCAGAGUGAUGGGUGCUGACAACGUGAGACAGAUUCUGACGGGCGAACACAAACUCGUUGCCGCUCAGUGGCCCGCAUCUGUGCGCGCGAUACUCGGCUCGGACACGCUGUCCAAUGUCCACGGAGUCCAGCACCGAAACAGGAAAAAGGCGGUCGUGAGGGCGUUCUCGCGGGACGCUUUGGAGCACUACAUCCCGGUGAUCCAGGAGGAGGUUAGGUGCGCGGUGAAGGACUGGCUGCGGCGGGACUCGUGCGUGCUCGUGUACCCGGAGAUAAAGCGCCUCAUGUUCCGCAUCGCCAUGAGAAUCUUGCUCGGGUUUGAGCCAUGCCAGAUCAAGACGGAUGAGCAAGCGCUGGUCGAGGCUUUUGAGGAGAUGAUAAAGAACUUAUUCUCCCUCCCCAUUGAUGUGCCCUUCAGCGGCUUUUAUCGGGGUUUAAAAGCACGGAAUUUUAUUCACGCCAAAAUUGAGGAGAACAUCAGGAAGAAAAUCCAGGAAGAUGACAACGAGAAGGAACCCGCGCACAAGGACGCACUCCAGCUGCUGAUCGAAAACGGCAGAAAAAGCAACGAGGCGCUCAGCAUGCAGGCCAUGAAAGAGUCGGCAACAGAACUACUCUUUGGGGGUCACGAGACGACAGCAAGUACGGCAACCUCUUUGGUCAUGUUUUUGGGGAUGCAACCGGAGGUGGUUCAGAGAAUUAGAGAGGAACUCGCAGAAAAGGAGGUUUCCAGCAUGCAUCUGCCUGGGAAGAGUUUAACUAUGGAGCUACUGGAACAUCUCAAGUACACUGGGUGUGUCAUCAAGGAAACUCUGAGAAUGAAUCCUCCAGUGCCUGGGGGGUUCCGGGUGGCGCUAAAAACUUUUGAACUUAAUGGAUAUCAGAUUCCCAAAGGAUGGAACGUCAUUUACAGCAUUUGUGAUACACAUGACGUAGCAGAUGUCUUCCCCAGCAAAGAGGAAUUCCAGCCAGAGCGAUUCAUGGGCAAAGGCUUCGAGGACAGUCCUAGGUUUAACUACAUCCCCUUCGGAGGAGGAGCCAGGAUGUGUGUGGGCAAGGAGUUUGCCAAAGUUCUUCUGAAGACCUUUUUGGUUGAGCUCACACAGCACUGCAACUGGACCCUGUCAAACGGACCCCCAGCAAUGAAGAUGGGCCCCACCGUGUACCCUGUAGACAAUCUCCCCACCAAGUUCACUCCUUACCUCAGCAACUAAUACCUUAACUUUAGGCAUGAACUGAUAGCUUGGGAAUUGUACAGGUUUGAUGUAUGAAA